GUCUCAACCACUUCCGACACCACCAUCACCACCACAACAACCUCUUUCCACACCACCUCCAACCGUCACCCCAAUCCCAGACCCUCCAAAGCAAGAGGAAGCUGAAAAUCAGACACAGUUAGAUAUGCCUAUGAUCGACUGCAGCCCAGUUGAAAUAAUACAUAUUGAUCAAGAGCCACAAAUUGAACACACUCCAGUUUCUGAUGAUACGAACACGAUUGAUGCCGUUUUAGCUACAUCUGCAACUAAAGAUGACAAGGAUACAACACAUGUAGAUAAUGAGAAUGAUAGUGUUCCUAAGGAGGAAGCUCCGUUAACACCAUCUAACUUAGACACCAUCGACAUCCAGAAGGACCUGGAACCAUGCACUUUACCAAAUGUUGAAGAAAUUAAUGAAAGUGUAAAUGCGGGUGUUUCCUCCUUGGCAGAUUCGGAAGGAGAGGAAAUUAGGUCGGUGCCUGAUAUUACAGAAUUAAGAACAGAAACGAUCGUUGAGAAGGCUCAAGAGGCUGAGGAAGUGGAUUGUGAUAGUGUUCAUAGUACCGAGAAAAAUGAGAAGGAUAUUGUAUUCAUAGAAUAUUCGGAAUCACUUCAAGAAGAGGAAGCAAAAGAUUUGGCUGAAGAGAAUACCCCUUUUUCAGGGAAUAGCCAGCCGUUACUAGAACAGAGUAGCCCGACCAUCAUGGCAGAGAAAACAUGUGAUUCUCCAACUUUACCACCUCAUGUCUCGGAAUUUGAAGACUUGGAUGUUUCCGAGCCCAACGAGAAUGAAAACAGCAGUAUCAAAAACAUGGCAGAGGAAGAGUCUCAAAUAAGUAAAGACAAUUCAGUGGAGUCACCACCUGAAACUGUAAACUCCUUAGAAAUAGCCUCGCAUCAACAGGAACCAAAUUUAACUUUAAAUCAAGAUUUUUCACCAACAUUACCACAGUCAGAACCCGUUGUAGAAACUUCUGAUAUAAAGGCAGAAGAACAAGAGAGUGUAGUUACCCCAGAACUUUUAAGAGACUCAGUUGAAUUAGAGACAAAGACUACUCCUGUGGUUUGGGCCAGCAAAAGAAACAAGAAGAAAUCGGAUGUGAUUGUCAAAAGAAGAUCCGGUCACUCCUUAAUUCCAAGGAAACAGUAUACAUCCGUAACGGAGGAGAAUUCUGUAGCUAUUAUGUCUAAACCAGUCAAUCUUGUAACAACACCCAACCAUAACGAAUAUAAUACCAGUCGACGAGGAUCCUCAGGCAGUUUCAUACCCACAUUUCAACAACAGAAUCGACUGUCCUUGAUUAUCUCCGAAAAUAAUGCUAAUUACAAGAACUGGGGCCCUUCAUCUUUUGACUCACCUCCCAAAUCACCCAACUCCCCACUUUCGAGUACAAGUACUAGUAGCAGUGGAAGCAGCGGAGCAACUACAAAAGAGAAAAGAUCAUCCAUGAAAAUAAGUCGGUCAAACGCAGCAAACAUUCUGCAGCAUAGUAAAAUACCAGUGGUUACAGUAGCAGCAUUACAAACAAUGAAUUAUACUCCAAAGUUCUCCGCAGCGAAUCCUGACAAUUCCAGUAAACUGCCAAAAAGGAAUUCAGCCAAUCUCUAAUUCCUACUCCCCUCCUUUUUUUUCUUUUUGCUUUUUUUUUUGGUUUUU